CCUCCAACAUCUUCGCAGCACCCUCGCAGCACGGCCGACUGCCAGCAUCUGCGGCGCACUGCGACUCGCACCCGUCUGGCCCGCGCACACCUCCACGUAGGCUCGCGCGCCGCACUGCGGCAGGCCGGCUCCACACCCCGCACCAGCGCUCCGGGCCCCUGCGAUGCUCACGUCCAAGGCCACCAAGGCGACGCGCGCCGACGCCGGUGCCGCGUCGGGGGCGUCGGGCAACCGCACGUCGGCCGCACACGCCACCAUCACCUCGGCCCUCGCCGCCGACCCGACGCUGCCGCCCAGCGUCGCCGCCGAGCGCCUCUUUCCCUCGCCGGCGGCGUGGCGGCGCGGCAUCCUGCGCUUCCGCAUCAAGGAGCAGCUCGAGGAGGGGCGCGGCAAGGGGUGGAACUGGCACAAGGGCGCCGUGCACCCGGGCAACACAGAGCCCGAGGACGAGGAGCUGGAGCGCGUGCGCCAGCGCUUCGGCUACAAGGCCGAGAGCGAGGGCGGGCCGAGCCGCCUGUAUCUGAUGAUCCUCGCCGACGCGCUGCUGCCGCUGCCGCGCAACCCCAUGUCCGGCGUUGUCUCGCCGCCGCUGCUUGCCACGACGGGCAUCGUGCCCUUCUCCAUCUUCAGCACCGGGCCCGACAUCAUCGGCCACUACUACGACUGCAUCGUCUCGGCGCGCCGUGAGGUGGUGCUGCUGACCAACUACUGGCAGGGCGGCAAGAACGUCGACCGCAUCGCCGAUGCGCUGCGCGAGCUCGACCGGCGGCAGGGCGAGCGGCUCGCCGAGGCGGCGCGCAAGGAGGGCCGCCAGCUGGGCAAGCCGAGCAUCGAGGAGCGCAUCAUCGUCAAGAUCAUGUGGGACCGCGGCCCGCAGACGCUCGCCGAUCUCUUCCGCCUGCGCAAGCCCGUGCCGCCCGGCAUGUGGAAGACCAACGGCCUGCCAGAGGAGCAGGACGUGCCGAAUAUCCACGUCGAGAUUCUCAACUACCACCGGCCGCUCAUGGGCACGUUCCACGCCAAGCUGCUGCUUGUGGACCGGCAGGUGGCGCUGGUGAACAGCAACAACAUCCAGGACCGGCCCAACAUCGAGGGCUGCACGCGUCUCGAGGGCGACAUUGUCAACUCCGUCUACGACCACGCGCUGAUCUCAUGGGGCAACCGCCUCAACCCGCCGCUGCCGUGCCUCGGCUCGCCGGCGCCAAAGGAGCCGAGCGCCGAGGCGUUCAGCGACGGCGGCGACGGCGGCGCCUCGAGGCUGCCCGUGCUCACUGGCGCCAAGCUGCAGGAGAUGGCGCAAGCGGCGCGCGCACGCCUGCAGGAGGAGGAUGAGGAGAGCGAGGGCUUGCCCGAGGCCUCGUCGGCUCGCCGCUCCAGCUUUGCCUUGCUCGUCGAUGGCGCCAUGAGCCGCCGCAGCGAGGGCGCGAUCCAGCCGCCGCCGGCGCUCAGCAUUCCCGCCGCUGGCGCACAUGCCGACGGGCCUGCUUCGGCCCCUGCUGUCCCGACGGGCGGCAUGCCGUCGCUGCCAACACCCGACGGCACCACGGAGCACAGCACGGCCGAGCAGGACCGCGCAACACGGCGUGCGGGCCAGCUGUGGGCACAAAAGGUGCUCGGCGAGCGCUUUGCACACCUCAACCUGCCGCAUCUCGGCGGCAGCAGCGGUCACAGCCCGACGAUUGCGUCCGAGCGCCGCGGCAGCGCGCCGAAUGCUGCGCCUACUGGCCACUCGCCGCCCGCCUCGCCGUCGCUCGGCCCGCGCCGCGGCUUUGCCGAGGUGGUGGAGGCUAUGAUGAAGAAGGAGGGCAUCAAGCCCUCGCUGUGGACUGAGGGCGCUCUCGAUGCCUUUGGUCUUGGUCCAUCGUCCUCGCGCAACGUGGCGGAAGACGCGCGCAAGAGCCGCGCUGCGCGUGGCCAGGCCAAGGAUGCCAACGCGCGCGGCAUCGACGUGCCACAUGCCGUCAGCGAGGAGCCGGGCACGGGCGAUGCCGAGACGUUUGUCAUGCCGGCGCGCGACGACGACAACGAGAAGGCACACGCGAGUCCGAGCUUCGCCAGCACGAAGCUCGGCGAGAAGCUGGACAAGGGCGAGGGCGUGGCGGACGACGAGCAGGAGCCUGCGCGCCUGCAGCUCGACUCCUAUGCGCUGGAGCGCGAGGUCUCGGCGCCUCGGCCUGCCGCGCCGCUGCUGCAGGUGAACGGCGAUGUGGCGCCGGACGAGACGCCGAUCGAGGACGACACAGCCAGCGAGGCAGCAGAACAGGGCGCGCCCGGCUCGUCGGCCUACCGCCGCAAGCAUGCGCGCACGCUCUCGAUGGCCUCGCGCACCUCGGCCUCGGAGCGCCUCGCCGCCAUCACCAAGUCGCUCGACUUUGCCAAUCUCUCGCAGGUCAAGGGCGAGAUCACGGCCGAGCAGCUGGCGGCGAUGCAGGCGGGCGAGGGCGGCGGCAGCAGCACGAGCGCCUCGAGCGCCGCCGCUGCUGCCAUUGCCGCGCAGGCCAAGGCAGCCGAGGGCGAGGCGUCUUCCUCGGCCAGCUCGGGCGCCGCGCCCAAGGCCGACAUCCUCGACUUCAACCCGUUCAUCUUCCACGCGCCACACGCACCCGUGCCCAUGGCGCUCGUCAACCGUCGGCCGCACGGCACUCCCGGCCACUCGGACAUCCGCAAUGCGCAGGACGCCGCCUGGCUGGCCGGCUUCCGCUACGCGCGCCGGCACGUCUUUGUGCAGAGCCCCACGCUCAACGCCACGCCCAUCCGGCACGCCGUGCUGCAUGCGUGCCGGCGCGGCGUGCGCGUCGAGCUCUGGCUCGGCCUCGGCUUCAACGACAAGAGCGAGAGCAUGCCGUUCCAGGGCGGCACCAACGAGCAGGUCGUCACGCGCCUCUACCGCCAGCUGCGCCGCGAGGGCAAGGGCAGCGAAAAGUUCCUCGAGGUGUACUGGUACACUGGCAAGGACAUGACGCGGCCGCUCAACGCUGUGCGCAAGCAGCGCAACUGCCACGUCAAAUAUGCACAGUUCGACGACCAGGUCGCCAUCAUCGGCAGCGGCAACCAGGACACGCAAUCCUGGUACCACUCGCAGGAGAUCAACGUCAUGCUCGACUCGCAGCAGGUGGUGCGCGAGUGGAACGAGGGCCUGCGUCGCAACCAGUCCACCGGUCUCUAUGGGCGCGUCGACGACGACGGCAUCUGGCGCGGCCGCGGCGGCGCAGAGAAGGUGGACAAGGGCAGCGACAAGUAGACGCCGCGCGCUGCCAUGCGCCAUCCCGGAACAUGCCUCCUCAUGCGAGCCGCCAGUCCGCCUGCGCCGCCGCCUCGAAAGAUACCUGCGAUACUCCAGCAAGUGUCUCCAUGCUGGCCUCCCCCACUCUCGUUGCCCCAAGCACACCUUCACACAACCCACACUCCCUUCUCCUGCCUUGCCACAUGUCCCAUGAGCACCGCGCCUUCGGCAGCGCGCAGCACCUGCUAUACCAUCCUUCUGCGUUCA